AUGUCUCCAAGAGUAAGAGGACGAGGCAAGGGUCCCAUGCGUGGGGGACCAUCGUCAGCAGGACCAUCACACAGACGCACUCCAUCGGCGUCCUUUUCUACCUCCGACUCUCAUGAUAUGUGGGGUCAACCUUUUGAGCCGGAAAGACACUCAGUCUCGCUAAGCUCAUCGCCUUCUUUCCACCCGUCUUUUUGGCCGUUUGCUCCAGACGAGCCCGAACACUCUCACCACUCUCAACAAUCUCACCAUUCGCACGAAUCUUACCCGUCGCAUAACUCUUUGCAAUCUCACUCGUUUCAUCAUUCUGACUCUCCCUACUCCCCGGCACAGUUCAACCCAGCCGAUUAUGUUAACGAUUUUCUUGGCUCCAAUCCAUUGGGCCCUGAGGACCAUUUCUCUCAGGAAAUGGAGAUGGAUGAUGACCCCGACCCGGAAAUGCAAACAGGAACCCCGGGCCACCCGAUCAUCAUAUCUAGUGGGUCUCCGUUCCAGGGAUCCCCAUACCAUGGGCCCGACUCCUUCCAGGAGAGAAUGGGUACCUAUGACUGGUAUUUCACCCUUUCCUACCAUAGCUCUCCAGCCCAACCACCGUUGGAAGAUCCUCAACUUCAAGCUGUCUCACCACCACCACUUCCGGUAGAGGAGCCACCACAGCAGCCACCGCAGCCACUUCCUGAGCCUCCGAGGCGAAGGAGGAAUGCACACAUGUCCAGGACCCCCAGUUGGGUGGACCCUCAAACCGCGGCACCGGAGGCUAAUCCUCCGCAAGCUUCUUAUGCACCACAUCAGCCGCCUGUGGGUUUUGAUAACCCCAUCCCAACGUACCCAGGUUCAUCCGGGUACAAUCCUUAUGGAGACCCGUCGGGAUAUCCAUCGGGAUAUGGAACUCACGACCCAUAUCUUACGCCUGCGCAGUAUCAUCACCUUUAUCCUUCUACUUACCCUCCUAUGCAUCCAGCUGAAUACCCAAUUCAGGGUUAUCAGUAUCCUCCGUACCAGCUACCUCCUCCCCAGCAGCUACAGCAACAGCAACAAACUCAGGAAAUCUUAGAGAGGUUGGAUAAGGUCGAGCAUAAGACUAAGAAGAACAAGGAAAGGCAUAAUAGCUUCAUGAAAGGUCUCGCGAACCUUAUCAAGGGAAAGAAGAAGUAG